AUGCUCUCGUUCAACACGACGACGAGCUCGUCGCAAUUCUCGGCGAGCUCCACCAAGUAUUCGGUGCGCGCCGCUCCGACCACAUCGCCAAACUCGACGAUGAUGUUCCCGUCGCACUACUACGCGAUGAACGCGGCGAAACGCGGCGACAUCGGCGGCGAGUUAAGCCCGAGACAGUCGGACGUCGUCGAACGACUACGACCCGAGCGAAUCGUUCCGAUCAGCAGCGUUCAGCCGCCGUCGAUUGUGCCGACGUUCAUUUCGGAGCAGCGAGCCGCCAAUAAUGGUGCGCCAUCAUCGACCGCCGCCAAUUAUCGCCAAUUUGUCGCCGCACCGCCAUCGCCAAAACCGUUUGGCAAUUAUCCAGAGUUGACCGGCGCCUCGCCUGUUCAGAUUGUCAUCAAUCAACAGCCAUCACCGCAACCACAGUAUAAGUAUGAGCCGAAAGAGGAGCAACCAAAUGCGACUAUGGAGACCAAGGUCACCGGUCAGGGAACUCCGAAGCGCGUCGGACGCUGGACACUCGCUCAGCUUCGUCAAACCGAUGGAAUUAUUCCGAGCCAGGCCGGUUGGAACAAGGGAGACUCGCAAAAGUUGAUGACCAACUUCGGAACACCGAGAAACACGUCAACGCGCGUGAAAGCCGAAAAUCUUCAGGAGAUUCCCGAAGACAUCGCCCAAAAGACCCACGGUGAGGUCCGCCUUCAGUCGGGUACCAACAAGUACGCCUCGCAGCGCGGUAUGACCGGCUUCGGUACCGGACGUGACGUGUGCCGAGAGGGAGUGCACGUCUCGCAGAAUCCCGCCGAUCUUCCAGAGCUUCCCGAGGAGAAGAUUCGCCUGUCCGAAGGAAUCGUUCGCCUUCAGGCCGGUACCAACAAGUAUGAUUCGCAGAAGGGCAUGACCGGAUUCGGAACGGCGCGUCGCGAGACGACGAAAAUGCUCGACUCGAAACAUCCCGAAUACGAUCACGAGAAGCCCGAUCAGUCGGAGAUCCCACUUCAGUCAGGUACCAACAAGUUCGCCUCGCAGAAGGGAAUGACCGGCUUCGGAACGGCGCGUCGCGAGACCACCAAAAUGGUCGACUCGAACCAUCCCGAAUACUCGCACGAGUGCUCCAUCGAUCAGACGACGAUUCCGUCGCAGAUGGGCUCCAAUCAAUACGCGUCGCAGAAGGGAAUGACCGGCUUCGGACAACCGAGAUGGGAGGUGUUGGACCCGUCAAUCUCGUGGCAGAACCGCAAAUCGCAAGGAAUGGUCCGCCUUCAGUCGGGUACCAAUCGAUUCGCCUCGCAAGCUGGUAUGAUCGGCUUCGGAACGUGCAGAAACACAACAUUCGAGGCUGAAGGUGGCGAGCUUCCAUACGAGGCGAUGAAGGUCUCCGAGACCAUCAUCCCAAGCCAGGCCGGUUGGAAUAAGGGAGACUCGCAGAAGAGAAUGACAUCGUUCGGAGCACCGCGCGACGUCAAGGGCAAGCAUUUGAAGAGAAUCUGGGAGCUCGAGUACCCAGAAGAGGCCGAGGUCUCAUUGGAUCGUCUUUAA